UCCUACUAUUAUUCAAGUACCAGAAAUCUAAUUUUGGCAUCAAGUUUGUUGCAUGCAAACAAUGUACAAAUAUAAUGCGUGUAUACGGUUCUAUUUUCAGUAUUACAGUAGAGACAUUGUUCUGAUACUUGCCUUGCCACCUUACCUAUACCAAACAAAAGAAAAACAUCUUUUAAACUUCCUAUCAUCUUCUCUCAUCUGCUUCAUUUCAUGAGCAUGUUAUUACCAUUACCAUGUCUUUCUUUUCUACUCUUCGUCGAUCCUCCGUCUUCAUCCAACGCUUCACAACCUCGACAACUCCACCAUCUUCUUCCUCCCCUGCACCAUCCUUACCGAACUCCAUCCCACCGCGACAUCCAAACUGGAUUUCAGCCUUUGCUUUUGCCUCUUCUUUAUCUCUUCUCUAUUACUUCUCCAAACACAAUUCACAUUUCGACUCUGAUUUCUUAAACAAUGCUUUUACAAAACUAUCAUUUUCCGAGAGUUCCAAUAAUCACUUGCUUUUUGGAGAUGCAUACAGAAGUAAAGUUUUCUUUAACUAUGAGAAGCGCAUAAGGCUGCAUAGUCCACCAGAAAAAGUUUUCGAAUACUUUGCAUCUUCUCGUACACCAGAGGGAGAAGUUCUUAUGAAUCCUGCAGAUUUAAUGCGUGCGGUUGUUCCAGUUUUCCCUCCGUCUGAAUCAAAUCUUGUUAGAGAUGGAUCUUUGAAAGGUGAAAGAAGUCCUGGCCACUUGUUAUGUCCUCCUUCAGAAUUUUUUAUGCUUUUCGAUGUAAACGGUGAUGGUCUUAUAUCAUUCAGGGAGUAUUUAUUCUUGGUAACACUGCUUAGCAUCCCAGAAUCGAGCUUUUCUGCAGUAUUCAAAAUGUUUGACAUGGAUAAUGAUGGGGAGAUAGAUAGAGAAGAAUUCAAAAGAGUGGUGGCAUCAAUGCGAUCUCAUAGCAGGCAUGGUGUUCAUCGAAGGGAUAUAGAGGCUGAUGCCUCUGUAGAAAAUGGAAGGAUGGUGGAAUACUUAUUUGGUAAAGAAGGAAAAGGUCGCCUUGGACAUGAUAAAUUUGUGCAAUUUAUAAGAGAUUUGCAUGAUGAAAUUUUGAGGCUGGAGUUUGUUCAUUAUGAUUUCAAAUCGCGAAAAGCCAUAUCAGCAAAGGAUUUUGCACACUCCAUAGUUGCUUCAGCAGACGUGUAUCAUCUGAGCAAAUUACUCGAAAGGGUUGAUGAAAUGAACAAUAAUCCGCAGUUCAAUAAUGUGCGCAUAACAUUUGACGAGUUUAAAAACUUUGCUGAACUACGGAAAAAAUUAGUACCACUUUCAUUGGCUCUUUUCAGUUUUGCAAAAGUAAAUGGUCUUUUAACAAGAGACGAUUUUCAACGAGCUGCAUCGAGUGUUUGCGGUUUAUCUCUUUCUGAGAAUGUGGUGGAGAUUGUUUUCCAUUUGUUUGACACAAGUGGGGAUGGAGAUCUAAGUUCAAAUGAGUUUAUUAGAGUGCUGCACAAAAGAGAGGGAGAUGUUGGUGGACAUGUAGAGACAGGAGUCAUGGGUUUCUUGUCAUGUUGCUGGAACUGUAUGGACAAAUCUCCAGGUUCACAGUCAUUUUACUGAUAACUUGUAAAUGCAUACAACCUCAGAAUUUCUUAUCCUGUUGGAUGACAGAGGAGCCGAAUUUGAUUUAACAAUCUAUAAUUUCAAAUAUUAAUUUAUCAUUUCAAUGGUGUCUAUUAUGAAUAUUCUACAAAAAAAAGGCCU